UGUCCACGCAGACUCUCGGGUGGGGGCGGAGCCGCCCGCGCGGGGGCGGGCGCCGCGGCUGCGGCGGAGCUGACGUGGACCGUACGGGUUAGCUGGCUCGGCGAGUUGCGGGAUUGGGGAGCGACGGGCCGGGCCGGGCCUUCGGGCCCUUGGCGGCGGCGGCGGUAUAAAGCCGGCGACGGGGAGCAUGUAAUGUCGGAAUGCGGAGGCCGCGGCGGCGGCAGCAGCAGCGACGACGCCGAGGACGAGGGUGGCGGUGGCGGCGGCCCCGUGGGCUCCGGCUCCCUCAGCCCGGCCCCGGCUGCUUCCUCGGAGGGCCGGCUCCGCCGCUGGCUGCGCGGCGCCUCCCUCAUGGCGCGCCGGCGGCCCGAGCUGCUCUGCGGGGCUGUGGCGCUCGGCUGCGCGCUGCUCCUCGCACUCAAGUUCACCUGCAGUCGAGCAAAAGAUGUGAUAAUUCCAGCAAAGCCACCUGUCAGCUUUUUCUCCUCGAGGUCUCCGGUUCUUGACCUCUUCCAGGGGCAGCUGGACUACGCAGAGCACAUUCGCCAGGAUUCGGAGGUGGUGCUCCUGUUCUUCUAUGCUCCGUGGUGUGGACAGUCCAUCGCCGCCAGGGCAGAAAUUGAACAAGUAGCGAGUCAGCUUUCAGACCAGGUGUUGUUUGUCGCAGUUAACUGUUGGUGGAAUCAGGGGAAAUGCAGAAAACAGAAACACUUCUUUUAUUUUCCUGUAAUAUAUCUGUAUCAUCGGAGUUUUGGACCAAUCGAAUACAAAGGCCCCAUGAGUGCUGUUUACAUUGAGAAGUUUGUCCGCCGGGUGAUGAAACCACUUCUCUACAUCCCAUCUCAAUCAGAAUUACUAGAUUUUCUCUCAAACUAUGAGCCUGGAGUACUCGGGUACUUUGAGUUCAGUGGCUCACCCCAGCCUCCUGGUUAUUUGACCUUCUUCACUUCAGCAUUACAUUCAUUAAAGAAAGGGGACUCUGGGAGAGGAACUCAAGCUGUCACAUUAGGUGUGUUUUCUGUCCACUUGAAAGACUUUGAGCUGCACAGCUUCAGGCUCCGGACGCGCAGACUCAGCGGCCGUGGUUCACGGGCCCAGCCGCUCCGUGGCAUGUGGGAUCCUCCCGGACUGGGGCACGAACCCGUGUCCCCUGCAUCGGCAGGCGGACUCUCAACCACUGCGCCACCAGGGAAGCCCUUUACUUAUUAUUAAUAGCCAAUGUCAAGUAAGAGAAACACAUGCAGACUUUUUUUUUAAUGGGACAGUUUGGAAUGUAAAGUCUAGGUCAUUGUUGUGUUUCUAUUGUGUACACAAAUUGAGGCCUGAGGAACAUUUGACACACUUAACAUUUGGUUAUAGAGAGCUUAACUGAUGAAGUGUUUAGUCUGUUGUGGUAGAAAGCAGAUGUCCUGGUUCACCAAGCCACAAAAGCAUAUAUAAAAUACACGUCUUUCCAUUGCUUAAAUGUUUGGUUUUUUUUUUUUUUUUAAUUGCCUUAGAAAUAGCCAGGACACUCUCUAACAUUCGUUUCUUGAAGCUAGCUGGCCAUCGGUCUACAGAUAUUUUGAGAAUGUAACAUAUAUGAAGCAUCCUGCCUGGGUGCUGUGGGGUUGCUGAGAGGGGACAUCUCAGUUACCUGUGUCCUUUACCUAGUGCUCUCCAACUUGGUGCUGAUUCAUCAGUUGAUGUCGGCCUUCCUCUUAGGUGGUGUGGGCAGUAACCCUUUUGUUAUAUUUCUGUCCAUUAUUUUCCUAGCCAUUUUACCUUUAUCAUUUUUUAUUUAGCAGUUUUAUAUGUUCAUGUAGUUAAAUCUGUGGUUCUUUUUCUUGAUUUAUUUUUUUAGAAAAAUCUGGUCACUAAUUAGUUCACUUCUUUUUGAAUUUUAAAGUUAUUUGGCACUUUAUGCUGCCUGGAUUUACUUUGGCUUAAAAUACAGAGCACAGUUGAUUUUCCUCCCUUCUUAUUGGCUAAUCAAUUAGCACCAUUCACAGAAUAAUGCUUUCUUUAUCCUUCAUCUUGAUGAUGCUUGUUUUAUCACAAAAUAUUUUCUAAUAUGUAAUUAGGUCUAUUUCUGUGUUUUCUCUUGGUCUAGAUCCCUCUUUUUGUACGAGUAAAUAUUUCAUUUUUUACAUUGUAAGUAAUUACCUGGUGAACUCUGGACUCCGCAUCCUCUAGUUCUGGUGUUUUAUAGAAUAUUCUUUUAUAUCCAUCUAUGCAUUUGGCUGAAUUUGGGUUGGAAUUUUAUUAAAUGUUUAAGUUGACUUAGAGGUAAUUGACAUGUUCAUAAAACUUAGCUUCCCUUUCUAGAAUCACAGCAUGAUAUUAAUUUAUUCAAACCUUCCUCUCAAUUUUUUGUAAAAGGUCUUACACAUCCCUCAUUAAUGGUUAAUCCUUUUAAAGUGCUGAAUGAUUAACUGUGGGCUGGCAGUCUGUGUGUUUCAGGAUCCUGGGGAAGCUCAUCUCUUGUGCUUCUUCACUCUUCCCAGACUGCAGAGCCUGCUCCUCUUGGAGCCUUUCCACCUUUGAUCUUGGCAGACAGGCCUAAAGAAAAUUUGUCUAAAGAAAAUUUGGUAGAGGGGUUGAUAUUUUUAAGUUGCUUACUUGAUUUUCUUCCAUCUUAUGAUUAUUUCAUUAUUUACUGUAAAAAUGUGUUCUGGUAAAAUGUUAUAUUCUGUUAUGAUUCAGUGACCUUUUUAAAAGAGAAAAUUUGCAACAAAUUUUGUUCAAAAGGAAUGCAGUGCCGCCUGGGGGACAAGCAGUGGCCUGGGAUCUGGCAGUAUCUGGUCCUUAGCCUUUGUCUGCCCCUGGCAGGGUUAUAAACUUGAACAAAACAUUUAACAUUUCUGUUUUUGAGUUUCUCUGUCUGUAAAAUUGGAGAGGGUGAAGGUAAGGGUAAAUGCUUGUUUUACAAGGCCACAUCGUGUGUGAAGUAUGUUGUGUGUGAAUAAAGUAAUAGUCUGAAAAUCUGUAGCAGUUUAAUGAGAAAGCCAUUGGCUGAAAGCACCUGAAGUAAGUACUGUGUCUGUUUUCUUAAAAGCAUCUACACCAGAUAGUAUGUACCUUGACCGACCAGCAGACACAGGUCUUCCUCUUCCCUUUUCCUGGAGCACUCCAUACCUGCU